UUUGUGCUGGCGAGUAUUUCCGGGGGAGCCAUUACAGGACGGACCCAACCGGGCGGGUAGCCGGAAGUAGUGCGCUGGAGCCCAUUGAUAGCACCUAGCGGGAGGCUUGGUGGGCAGCAAGCGGCCGGUGCCGGACGGGAGCGGGGCGACUCCUCCGCGAAGAUCCCGCGUGAGGCGAGAGGAGCCGUAAAGGGGAGCGACCCCCCCCCUUCGCGCGGUAGUCGCUGACCGCCCCCCCCCCCGGCGGAGCGGUGACCCCCCUCGCAGCGCAUUCGCUUCCCGGCAAGGGGAAGAGCUGAACUUCCUUGUACCGUCUCGCCACAGAAGAGGUGACGCACGGAGUGAAGACUUGAUCCCCGGCGAGCAGAGGGCACUGAAACUCCCCUGCUCUGUGCUGGGGAAAGCUGAGCAGCCCCCCGCCUGGAAAGCCUGUCCCUGGAGUUGCGUAUGCCCAUCCCGCGCUGGCCUGCGGUGGGCAGAGCUGGGAACUUGCGUCCCAAGUGACUUGCAGUGCGCAGGAGCUGCUCGUUGCCACUGUAAGAUUGUCGGGGAACAGUGGAUCCCCUGUCCAAAAAAAUUCCGGACUUCGUGUGCAACAUGAGCCCAACCAUCUCUUACAAGGACAGCAGCCGGCAGCGCCGGCCUGGCGGCUACCACCAGUCCAUGGACAUGGAGAUCAAGCCUCCACCACUAGCUCCGUACAUGGAUAAUCACACUGAGAGACUAGGAGAAGAUGACACGGAGGCACUGCUCCAGGAGCAUAACUCACCAUCCUACAUGGUGGCCCCAGGAUAUCGGGCAGAACUGGGUAGUAUCCUGCUCCUCCUUUUUCUCUAUGUACUACAGGGUAUACCAUUGGGGUUGGCAGGCAGCAUCCCACUCAUCUUGCAGAGCAAGAAUGUCAGCUAUAAGGACCAGGCUUUUUUCAGCUUUGUCUUUUGGCCUUUCAGUCUGAAGCUGCUCUGGGCCCCAUUGGUGGAUGCAGUCUACUUCAAGAGCUUUGGCCGCCGCAAGUCCUGGCUUGUGCCCACUCAAUACAUCCUGGGUUUUUUUAUGAUGUACCUGUCUACACAGGUAGACUUCCUGUUAGGCGAUGUGGAGGGCAAGAGUCCUGAUGUGGUGGCCCUCACCGUGACUUUCUUUUUGUUUGAGUUCCUGGCCGCCACACAGGACAUUGCUGUGGAUGGCUGGGCACUGACUAUGUUGUCCCGGGAAAAUGUGGGCUAUGCUUCCACUUGUAACUCUGUUGGCCAAACAGCUGGUUAUUUUUUGGGAAAUGUCUUGUUCUUGGCCCUUGAAUCUGCCUCCUUCUGUAACAAAUAUUUGCGGUUUCAACCUCAACCCAAAGGAAUUGUUACCCUUUCAGAUUUCCUAUUUUUCUGGGGAGCUGUCUUCUUAAUAACUACUACUUUAGUGGCCCUCUUGAAAAAGGAAAACAAGGAAGUAACACCAUCAAAAGAAGAAACAAAAGGCAUCACUGAUACAUACAAACUGCUCUUCUCGAUAGUAAGAAUGCCAGCGGUUCUUACUUUCUGUAUCCUGAUUUUAACAGCAAAAGUUGGCUUCUCAGCAGCGGAUGCAGUAACAGGGCUUAAAUUGGUGGAAGAAGGAGUACCUAAAGAACACUUAGCUCUACUAGCUGUUCCAAUCGUACCUUUACAGAUAAUAUUGCCUCUGAUCAUCAGCAAAUACACUGCAGGUCCGCAGCCACUGAACACAUUUUACAAAGCCAUGCCUUUUAGGUUACUGAUAGGCUUGGAAUUUGCUCUUUUGGUUUGGUGGACUCCUAAAGUACAACAUGAAGGAGGAUUUCCUAUCUAUUACUAUAUUGUGGUGUUGCUGAGUUAUGCUUUACAUCAGAUUACAUUGUACAGCAUGUAUGUUGCUAUAAUGGCUUUCAAUGCCAAAGUUAGUGAUCCAUUGAUUGGAGGAACAUAUAUGACACUUCUAAAUACUGUGUCGAAUCUGGGAGGAAACUGGCCCGCCACGGUAGCUCUUUGGCUUGUUGAUCCACUUACAGUGAAAGAGUGUAUAGGCGCACAGGAACAGAGUUGUGGAACUACAGCUGCUGCAGAACUCUGUACAAAACUUGGUGGCUCUUGUGUUACGACCCUGGAUGGUUAUUAUGUAGAAUCCAUAAUAUGCGUUGCUCUGGGAUUUGUCUGGUGGUUCCUUCUUGGGCCAAAACUUAAAAAGCUGCAAGAUGAAGGACAAUCUUCGUGGAAAUGCAAGAGGACCAAUUGAUGUAAUUCAAAUACUGGAUGGAACUAGCAAGUUGUUAGAGCUUAGUUUUAGUGCAGAGACAUUUCAUACUCAUUAAACAGGAGUAUACAUAUUUUUAAAAUGCCAAAUGGUUGGGAAAACUAAGACCACUAAAAGUGGCAUUUGUGUAUGCAAUACCAUUUGCUCUAUGUGAAAAUCUAGUUAAGGUCAGAAAAAUAAUUCUCAAAAAUGGCAAGUUUGUACUACACAUUUAUGUCCUCUAGCUUCAGUCAUGGCUACCUUUAUCCGUUUAGACAAGCAACACUUAAAUUGCAGUGCAGUAGCUAUAGACAAGCAAACUGUUCCAUAUGAAUAUAUCAAAAUCAGCAUUUUCAGCUAAGUUGUGUUCUCUUUUUAAAAAAGUAAGUUAAGCAGAAACAAUUUUGGCUUGAUCUAUUAACAAGUUGGCCUUGGGAGUGCUGUCAUUUAAAAGAAUAUUUAAUUUGUAAACUAAGCAUAUAUAAAAUAACAGUGAUUGAGGGAAGAAUAAAUGUAGAACAAACAUGUCAUUUUCUUAUCACUUUCCUGACCACAACCACAUUUCAAUGGAUGAAACAGUGUGUUUAAAAGCCUCUUUUAAAAUGUAUUUUCUGGCUUUUAUAAGCUUUAAAGAUUUAUAAGAAACAAAAUAUUUUUUUAUAGAUUUGAAAGGUAUGCUUUUUAAUUUAUUGUCUCUUCUUGUUUCAAGGCACUUUGUUUCAAAAAGUAGAUCCGGUUGGUUUUUUUGCAGUAAAACUAGUAUGAGAUGGGAUUUAUGUGAUGAGUGCUGCACAGUGCCCUUAGUAAGCCUUGAGUGUCGAAGGGUCAGAUCGAGUGUUGAAGCUUUUGUGUGUUAAUGGCUAAGCUGCAAAAUAAUAAAAGCUGGCAUAAUCCUUACUGGGUUCUGUUUGCAUUUGUGAGGGAGAAAUGUGACUGGCUGUGUAGUUCAUGUGUUAUGUGAGAAUUGGAAUAUACAGAUUAAAAAAUGAGUGAAGUCAUAAACAUGUAUAGUCUGAAGAGAAAGGUGAACAAAAGACAUUCAGUGCCUUUGAAAGAUGUAGUGUGUGGUGACGAUAAAAUUGCUCAUUAUGUAGCACAUUAACUGGUUAAGAAAUAGGUUGUAACUAACUGUACCAAACAAGAUAUGUUGCAUCAUCUACAACAAUUCCUUCAAAAACUCAUAAACUGGUACUUUCUAAUUGAGAUUUGCUUGGUACAUUCAUUAUAGGCAGAUGAAUUAGCUUCUUGAGUACCUUAGUGACGCACAGCAUGCUGUAUAUCCAGUGAAAAGGCACUUGUGUAUUUUUUUGGAUGUAUGUUAUACAUCAUUACUUCAAUUGAAUAAUAUUAAAAAUACCUUUUUAAAGGUGACAGGUUAAUAUCCGAUUCUUAAUAAUACUCAAUUAAAUAUCAGAUGUUCCACCUGUCUUGUGUGAUUUUAAUAUUUUUAAAGGAAACCACUUUUUUGCUGACAUAAAUUAACAUUAAUUCUUGAUUUUUCUAAUUGAAUUAGGAUUAAACAUAACGGUAGGGUUUUUAUUCAGGUCUGGAGAGUAAAAGAUUAUUGGUAACAGUUGGGAGAGAAAGGUGGGUGGGUUGGUUGGUUUUUUUGAGUACCAAAGAUUGCUCCCCUACCUCCCCCCACUCUCCUUGCCAUCCUCACCCAAUAAAAAGAUAAGCUUGCAUUUGGCUGGAUGUCAUCAGAGAACACAGAAGCGCAGAAUGGAGAUAUAGCUGGAGUUAUGAACUCCAGUUUCCUCUUUCUGCAGCGUGUUGGUCCAGUUUAGCAAUAGCAUAUUAUCUGUACAGUAUCUUAAUUCUCUUAAAAUAACUGAUUAAGAAAUCAAGCCUACUGACUUGAAUAUACAAGCACAGCUCUUGCAUGAAAUAUUUUCAUUUUCCAAAAUCUUUAAGAUAAAACUUAAAUUAUUUGGGUUAAUUUCAAUCCAUUGCUGUCUGCUGGAUAAGUGCAAACAACAUAACUGCCAGCUUUAGUAGCAUAGAAAAGCAGUUGUCAGUUUUCAGCCAUGACCAAAAGUCCUCUAAUGGCUUGAAUAUGGCUUUUACUUUUUGCCUGUUUUUACAAAAACUUAUGGACUGCAGAAUAUAUACAACUAAAUUUUUCCAGUUGGCCUUCCUUUUGCAAUUCUGUAUUACUGUUUUUACAUGUGCCAAGGUGAUUCUUAUUAAUAAAAUAUUUUGUAUUUGAAGUAGCUUAAUCAUCAGAGCAACUUUGCAAUUUCUAAAUAAAACCUAAAACCAAAA